AUUUUUAUUGUAUUGAAACUUAAACCUACUUCCCCUCUCCAGACGAACAAAGCUCUAAAAAAAGCUUCCUCCUCUCCGAUAGCGGAUCCUAAGGACAGAUUCUUAAGUCGGCUUGCUCCAAUAUCCUUCUCUGACACUGGUAGGCCUCGGGUUAUCAUUCCAUAUGAGGUUUUUCAGCGAGGUGAGGAAUUGCAAAGAGCUUUCUUGCUUCCUCCCUACAGUCAAAUACAUAGUGUUCUCCACCAUAUGUGGGGAAAAGGAAACAUACUAGAGAUCCACAACAGCCCUUUAAACAGAACUAUGCUUGUGCGCAUUCCAAGUGAUUACUUGAGGAGAAAGAUUCUGGAGAAGGGCCUUUGGUACAUUGGAGACUCUAUGUUCCAUGUAGCUCAGUGGAUGUCUUCCCACUCGCCUAUUUCUUCUCCGCUUGAGUCGAUCCAAAUCUGGGCUCAUCUCAAUGGGGUUCUCCUGGAACUAAGGCAUCAAAAAUGCCUUAGCUUAGUAGUGGGAUUGGUUGGUGAGCCAGUCGAAACAGAUGAUUUCACCAAGAAUCUCAUCAGUCUAACUAUUUCUCAUGUAAAAGUGGAAGUGAAUCUUACUAAGGACCUCCCUCGGGUAGUUGAGUUUGGACGGAAAAGUGGUGAAUUUGUUGAAGUCCUUCUUCCUCCUAUUUGUUCUCACUACAAAGAGUUAGGCCACAUACCUCGUAAUUGCUUGCAACUUCCUCUUCCUCAGAAGGCUGCUUCCACAGUUCCUAAGGGUACAAAAGUUUCUAAGCGAGCUCCCUCUUCUAGCUCCAAGGAUAAACAAGCAGGAAAAAUACUAGAGGAAGGUACCUCUACUUUGGUUAUUGGCCCAGUUCCUGCUCAAGCUGAGGUGAUCCUCACUACUAAAGACGUUCCGGUUAAAUUCUAUGAUUCAGAUAAUGCUCUGUCUCCUAGCAUUUGUUCGGUUGCAGCUCCUUCUCCUUCUUCUGAGGCUCAUUCUUCUUUAUUACCGCUGUUUGCUCCUUUUGUUCCUUCUUACAUUGUAGGCCUCCCUACUUUCGUAACUCCUACGGGAGAACCUUACCACUAUAGUCCUCCUCCUAUUUUCCCUCCUCAGGAAAAUCUUCUGUUUCUUCCUAAUAACUUUACUUUGAAUCACCUUUUGGAUGAAGAUGAGUGUAUUAUUCUCAUAUGGAGAAACCCAGUUACUGUCCGCAUCCUGCAUCAAUCAAGACAAAGUAUUACUUGUGCAGUCACCUUGUUAAAUGUGGAGCUCCUAGGUCUUCAGAAGUCUCUUUCUCUUUACGAUGAUCCGUGGAUGAUAGAAGGUGACUUUAACCAAAUUCUGCAACAUGUUGAGCAUUUGAAUCCGUACAUAAAUGCCUUUAAUACCAAUAUGAUGGAGUUCAAAGAUUACCUUACUCAGAUGGGUAUGUUUGAUCUACGGUUUCAGGGGCCUCUCUUCACUUGGUCAAACUAUCAGCAUGCUUCCUCCGUCGCCAAAAAGCUUGAUCUUCUUCUUGUGAACAGUAACAUCAUUAAUCUCUUCCCUAACAGUAUAGCCACUUUCCUCCCUCCCCUCACCUCAGACCAAAGCCCUUGUCUUAUUGACAUAGCCCAUCAGCUCCCCUCAGCUGGUACCCGCCCAUUUAAAUUCAUCAACUACUUGACCAAACAUCCAGACUUUCACAAUGUGUUGCUUGAGGUUUGGAUUCAGACCGGAAGCUUUGCCACCACUCUCAUUUACCUGUGUUGGAAGCAAAAGAACAUUAAGAGCGCGUUAAACGAGCUAAACAGUGAGAAUUUUUUACAAAUACAAAUUAGAGUUAGUGAGGCUAAACGUUUGUUACAACUUGUGCAGAUACAAGCCAUUCAGAUUUUUCAUGCCAUUAAGCACUUCAAAGCUAUCUUACGCACAUAUGUUCUUCCUCCUCUAGCUAUUGUCUCUCUGCCUGAAUGGAUCAGUUUCUCUCUUCGUUUCGAGAAUACAGAUUUAGCUGGUGAAAUAGUCAAUGGUUACCACAAAAGAAAAGGGCCAAGAAAAAUUACCAUUAAACUGGACAUAGCCAAGGAGUUUGAUAAUAAAUCGAGUUUAUUUGCUUCUUAUCUCUCUCAUUCUGAAACUGAUCUCAUAUCUUUUUCCACUGGAAUGCCUCUAGGUACCCUACCAGUGCUCUACCUAGGUGUUCCAUUAUGCACCAAAAAACUAAGUAUCAGUAAUUGUGAGAUGUUAAUCAGCCAAGUCAAAUCUCGGGUUACCUAUUGGAGUGUCAAAUCUUUGUCUUUUGCAUGGAGACUCCUGCUUAUCAAAACGAUCGUGGCUGGCAUUACAACCUUCUGGUGCUCUUCUUUUAUCCACCCUAAGGUGUGCAUCAAGCGCAUCAAAUCUCUCUGUAGUGGUUCUCUGAAUAACUUUUGGUCAGCAAAACAGCAUAAGAAUUGUUUGUGGCUGGCAAACAAAUUUCUGAAAGUAAGAGCUGACUCUUACCUGUGGAUCAAGUUACGGGUACAGAAUGGGCGAAGUUGUAGGCUCUGGCCCAACAACUGGUCCCCUUUUGGCGACAUUGAAGCCUAUCUUCAAGGGGCUCGGUACAGCAAAUUAGGCAUCUCACAUUUAGCUAUCUUUUCUAGUUUGCAGAGGGGCGGGAUAUGUAAUUUUUCACCUGCACGUUUGGAAAAUCAAGUCAGUCUGCAAACUUUUAUGUCCACAAUCACUUUAUCAGAGAAGGAAGAUUACUAUGAAUGGGAAAUUGAUGAGAAGGUGAGCUCCAAGUAUAACACGGGCCAAGGCAUUCCGAAACACAACUUCUCAGCUUGGUUGUUUGUCUUGAUCAGGUGUCCAAUGAAAAAUCGUAUCCUUGGAUGGGGUCUCUCAACUUAUCCCAUUUGUCUCCUUUGCAACUCCUCUAGUGAAAGUAGAAACCACUUACUGUUUGAUUGUGCCUUCAGCUGGUCAAUCUGGGGAAAAGUCUCUCGACGAUGUAAUUUGCUACCGCAGCGUGAGUGGAGCAGCUCGUUUCUGCAGAUGCAGAACCUCUCUGGGGGUAAACUGGCAAAACAUCUGACUCUUCUGGGCUGGCAAGCUUCGAUCUAUUGGAUC